AUGCGCCAGCACCACUUGGAUGCAGCCGGAUCAGGCCCCACCCCUCCGGUUCCACGUGGUCGGCCGCCGGGCUGGAGCGAUUGGAGCUGCUGGUUAAGAGUGCUGGUGGGGAUGGCGGGCGCCGAGUCAGGGGGAUCAGAUGACAGGAAAGUGCCCCAGACCCUUUCCUCUUUUCGUGCAGGUGCUGCGCGAUUCUCUUGUCCCCCCAAUUUUGCUGCGUUGCCCCCAACCUCCGAGCACCCUCGUUUGUCCUUGGAAGCGUUGACGGGCCCAGAUACGGAACUGUGGAUCAUAAGGGCUCCGCUGGAUUUCACCCCAGACUGCCUCAACGGGCGACUCGUGCCUCUCUGUGGCUUCCAAACUGUGAAGGGCAAGUUGGCAGGCAAACGGCAGCGCUUCCGGAUCCUCGGCAGCAGCGGCCCCCCGGCUGGAGAAGCCACCCUGCUGGCCCCCUCAGUGGAGGCGAAGGGUGAACUGACAUGUGCCCCAACCCCCCAAGGUAGGCUUAGGAUCUUCGAGGGUCCCCAAGCAUCCCUGUCAGGGGCCUGUCUGCAGCCCAUUCCAGCCAGCCCCUCGCCCCAGAUCCCCCUUGGACUGAGGCCUCGGUUCUGUGCCUUUGGAGGCAGCCCUCCAAUCACAGGGCCUUGUUCAGCCUUAACCCAGAAGACACCCGCAUCUGGGAAGAGGAAAAAGAAGAGGCAGGUCCCUCAGGAGCAGGUGAAUGGACCCGGCAUCCUGGAGGUAGACACAGCUUUAGAGUCCCCAGAGAUGGGUUUAGGAAAGAAAAAGAAAAAGCUGACAGAGCUAGAAGUGACGACGACAGAGCCACUGGGGACAGGGCCUGCAGAGAUGCUGGGAACAACAGGGGUGCCAGAACCAUCCACUACCAAGAAGAGGAAGAAGCAGCCCAGAGGAGCAGAAGUGGUCGAACUAGAAACUGGGUUGCCAGAGCCAGAAGCAAAUUCGGUGAAGCCUGAACUUGUCAUUAAGACAGAGCCUCUGGAAGAAACUGUACUGUCCCCCACCAAGAAGCGGAAGAGGCAGAAGGGGACAGAAGGGAUGGAGCCUGUGGAGAGGGUGAAAGAUGAGUUUCCACUGAAGGUUAAGGUGGAGCCACACGAGGAGUCAAUGCCGCUGCCCUCAGUGAAGAAGAAGAAAAAAGAUAAGCGGCCCAAGGUGAUGGCGGAGCCAGCAACUGAGGUGGCAGAGCCAGACGGGAGACCUGUGGAGCUCGGCGGGGAGAUGGGGAUGGAGGCCAAACCGCCCCAGGACUUAGAGCCCCUGGCGGAAGCAGCACUGACGUACACCAAAAAGAGGAGGAAAAAAGAAAAGUGGCCAAAAGUGCUGGUGGAGCCAGGGGCAGAGCCACAAGAUGCACGGGGACCUGAGGGGCUAGGUGACUCGGAGCCUCAGGUGGCUCUGGCAUCCACCAAGAAGAGGAAGAAAGAAAGAGGGAGUCGAGUGGCAGAGCCAGGAGCGGAGGUGACCGAGCCCCAGAGGGAGAUGAUGGAGACUGAGCUGCAUGAAGAGGCCCUGGCAACCCCAGUGUCUACCAAGAAGAAGAAGAAGCCAUAAGGCCAGGAAAGUAGGGGGCCGGAGAUGAUGGCCCAGGAGGAGCUGCUCUGGUGCCUGGGGAGGGGGUCAUGGCAUCUCCCCAGGGGCAACAGGACAGCAGCCAGGUGA